GUUUGUUUCUUCCACAGGUGCAAGCCCUACUCCGCCUACUCCGCCCUCGUUGCUCGCUCUUUCUCCUCACUCUGCAAUCGAAGCCAAACAUGGCGAAGCGCGAACUCUCAAAUACUCUCAAAAAUUUGAAGUUUAUGCAGAGGGCAGCGCCGAGGGAGGAAAAGAUCAAUGAAGAGAAGGAAAAUCCGGAGCCCAUUGGAAACGUAUUUUCUACCGCCAACGCUGCUUCGUCCGCCCGAAGAAGAUGCAUAGUGAUAUUAGAAGGGGAUCCUCACCCCGGAGCAUUAAGAGGCCGAAUGUCAUUUCAGAGCUUUAAUCCCUCAAUUGAUAAAUUGAACGAAGAGGCUACAACCAUCCAUCAAAGCCAAGCUACGAAUACGUCUAUGGCAAAUGAUAAUAUUUCUUAUAGAUCUGAGCUAAAAGGUGGCAGUCAAGAGGAUAUUUCAGAUCCAGAACUCAAAAGAAAACAGCCGGUGGCAGAUAUGGAAAUAUCAGCGCCUGGCAAAUUCCAGAAUACUGGAAAUAAGGAUGCUAAUGGAAAAUCUUCUCCACAGAACUCAAACAGUUCUAAUAAGCAGAAAAAGCGAGAAAAGUUGGACUGGAACUUGCUAAGACCGCCCAAAGCUCAGAAGAAAAGAUCAUGAGAGUGUGGAUACUGAACUCUGCAGAUGCUGCUAGUUUAACUCCUGCAGGUUCUUUUUGCUGUACUUCAAUCCAUUUUAGUGUAAAAUUAAAGCAGAUAAAGUCAUUUUUUAGUCCAAUUAAGUUUAUUAUACUCUUUGAUUGUUUUAAUUGUAUUGGAGCUUCGGCAUAAAUUCUCCAAUACUGCAAGAUUUUGAUUGUUUUUUUCU